AUGAUAUUGCCAGCAGUCAUCGAGGGAUAUGACGUCUCCCGCAUAUUCAUAGAUGGAGGAAGCAGUUUAAAUCUCAUAUACGCGGACACAUUGCGAAAGAUGAACAUCUCGCUGGCUAACCUGUUACCAACAGAUACGCAUUUCCAUGGCAUUGCACCUGAGAAGCCAAAUUAUCCCUUAGGCAAGAUUGCACUCGAUGUUCAGUUCGGAACAAGAGAAAAUUUCAGAAAGGAGAGGCUGGAGUUUGAAGUCAUUGACUGGCCAUCGCAAUAUCACGCCCUCUUGGGACGACCCGCAUAUGCCAGGUUUAUGGCUGUGCCGCAUUACACGUAUCUGUUAUGGAGGAUCCCUGGACCUAAGGGCCCAAUAACAGUCAAAGGAAGUUUCGCUCUGACGGAUAAAUGCGACAAGGACUUUCAUAAGCUUUCUGAGGCAUUCAGAAUGCAAGCUGAAUAUGAGGCAUCGAAGUUAACCACUGAUCAUGAUGUGUUACCAGACGGGGGUAGAUCCUUGCAGGAGCAAGCUUUCGACACCUCCAAGGAUUCAAAUGAAGUACAGAUCCACCCGACGGAUCCUAAAAAGAUGACAUCAAUCGCUACCAACAUGGAUAGCGCAUAG